AUGGACAGGUUUUGUGACACGUUGGACGAGGUCCAUGUAUCAGAGGUCCCAAGCCCCGAAGCGACGCAGGACAAUGUUCUGAUACGAGUUCGAGGUGCCGGGGUCAAUUAUGUCGACACCCUCUAUGCUCGUGGGAAACACCAAAACAACCAGAGGCAUGUGAUCCCUCCAUUCGUCCUUGGUCUCGAGUUCGCUGGCACCGUCAUCUCCGCGCCGGCAGACUGCGAAUUCCAAAAAGGCGAUGCCGUGUUUGGUGACUACGCCGGCUCGUACACCGAAAUUAUCUCCAUUCCCAGAGCCCAGAUCCCAUCGCUGCUGCGCGUCCCCGAGGGGUGGCCCGUCGAGGCGGCAGCCGGCCUCGCCGCCACGCUACCCGUGUCCUACGACGGGCUCGUCUCCGCGGGCCGCCUGCGCGCCGGCGAGACCGUCCUCGUGCACGCGGCCGCCGGUGGCCUCGGCGUCAUGGCCUGCCAGGUCGCCGCGGCGAAGGGCUGCCGCGUCAUCGGCACCGCCGGCUCCGACGACAAGUGCGCCUACGCCAAGGGCUACGGCGCGAGCGAGUGCAUCAACUACUCCGCAGGUGGCGCGUGGUGGGAGAGGGUGAACGCGCUCACGGGGGGCAGGGGCGUGGAUAUCGUCUUCGAUCCGGUCGGCCUGGUUGAGCGCAGCCUGAAAUGCACGGCCCCGAAAGGCCGUAUCGUCGUGGUGGGCUUUGCAGGGCUGGACGGCAAGUUUGAAAAGAUUGUCAUGAAUCGCAUUCUGCUGAAGCAGGUCGAGCUCAUAGGAUACCGCUUUGGACAGACCUUGCGAGACAACCCCUCCCGAAGAGCAGAAAUUUGGGAGCAGCUGUACCCAAUGCUAGAGUACUUGAGCGUCAAGCCGACUAUUUCUAUCAUGUAUGAGGGACUAGAGAGUGUACCAAAGGCGCUGAAGGACAUCUCGGAACGCAAGGUAUUUGGCAAAGCGAUUGUACGACCCGCGUCUGGUGGCAGCGCCGCCCGAUUGUGA